CCGCUCGGGGUUUCGUCGCUGGCCUCUGAAAUGGGCACUAAUCAUCAGCCCUGAUUUUCACCGUUGAUUCAUGACCCUGAUUGACCAGAAGCCCGAAGCUCGACUGUAGGCAACACCAUGACAUGCCCAGGUAACGUGAUGGAAGAGCUCAAGCCGAGGUUCCCAGAGCUGAUUGCAGUGGUGCCGUGUUUGUGGCUGUCAGGCCUUGCCUCUCACUAACAUCGUCCACGUGUAAUUCAGAGCAGCAUGAAGCCAGCUCACGAGCGCAAUCAGGAGUGCCUUCCUCCAAAGAAGCGGGACCUUCCUGUUAACAAUGCUUCCACCGUUUCUAACAUCAACAACAGCAGCAGUAGCAGCAGUAAUACUGGAGGAGGAGGAGGAGGAGGAGGAGAUGAAGCGACGGCGUCGUCACAGAGCUCCGGAGCGAGUGGAGAAGCUCAGAGUGGAAGCGGAGGCAGCGAAUGGGUCCGGACUCAACCUAACCUGCAUUACGGAGUCGAAGGGCCGGAGAGCAUGGCCCCGGGAUUACCUGUGGAUCAGUACAGCAUGCUGUAUAAAGUAGCCGUUCCGUCGGUCACCUACUCGCCCACCAGCCUCCACCCUGUGCUGGGCCACAUCUCUUCAGGCUACACGGUUCCUUCUCAGCUCCUCCAUCACACUGGCAUCCAUUACCCUUCUCUCAGCUACGCUCCCAUUCCGCAGUUCGUCAGCCCUUCGUACACCGCCGCCGUUCCCUAUGCAGUCCCACCCGGGUUCGUCCCGAGCCCCUUGAUUCCGGCUCAGUCUCACCUGGUGCCCUAUCCAUCCGUCAUCCAGGAAAGCGUGGUCUCGUCCCCGCCUCAGCACCAAGUUUCGGCUCACGCCUACGCCAAGGUGGCGGCUACCGGGGGCAUCCCGUUGGUGCUGGCCUCUGAGCAGUCAGCAGCCUCUUCCUCAUCCUCGUCCUCCUCGCAGCAGCAACCUCUAGGUGCCAUCGGGAUGAUUCCCACGGCAGAGCGCGUCCCCGUCUUCUACCACACGUCGGCCAGUGACCGAGCCGCGCAGCCUCAAAGUGGCUCGAUGGAGCAGGACCGAGAAGUGAACGGAGGGGAUCGGGAAAAUGGCAGGGAGAGCCUGCAAGACGUGGUUUUCGUGGCGAGAAACGCGGCAGCGCGACCACAGCAAGGCACAGUGAUGGAGCUGCAGGACAGGAAGAUCUGCAGGCAGGAAGGAAGAGUGUCGCCUGGCCAGCGCAGCACACCGGACACGGACCUGGAGGUCCAGCAAGUGGUGGGGCGUUUGGCGUCACCGAUGCGGGGCGCGAGUCGCAGAGAGGGAGCACACGUCUCAUCUCAGAGUUCCCAGAGUAGCAGAGAGGUUCAGGGGGAGAGCAGGACGGUGUAUGCGUCGCACACUGUUGGCCAGCUGGACCCUCGAGCACCGCUUCAUCCUCAGCAGACGGCGCAACCUGGUCAUACGGUGUUCCUGCCGAACGGCCAGCCGGUUCUCAUGCCCCUGGACUACCAUCCUCAUCCUCAGUCUCAUGCUCAGCCUAAUAAUGACGCCGCAGCCGAAACGCCGCAACACAAAAUCUCAGACGGUGCAGGCGUGGCCGAGCGUGUGGUGGCGGUGGAGCUGCCCGCCGUGCCGGCUGUCCCUGCCGUACCUCCACCCUCGCACUUCACCAAGGGUGCCAUCAUCCAGUUAGCGACGGGUGAGCUGAAGCGCGUGGAGGAUCUGCAGACGCAGGAUUUCGUACGCAGUGCUGAAGCGAGCACGGGGCUGAAGAUCGACUCCAGCAUGGUGGUGGACAUCCGCGCCAGCUCUCAGAGGCCCGGCCUGGUUGCGCUACGCUUUGCCGUUGGCGAGUGCCAGAGCAAAGUGAGCAUCGAUGUUCCUCCCGAACAUCCGUUCUUCGUGUUCGGUCAGGGCUGGUCAUCCUGCAGCCCGGAGCGCACCGCCCAGCUCUACGGCCUCACCUGCCACCACCUCCAAGUGGGCGACGUCUGCGUGUCCAUCACGGUUCAGCAACAUUCUCCGGCCCACCAAAAGCCGCCGUUGAUUUCCCAGCAGCCGCAGCAACCGACACACAGCAGGACUUCCACCAAAGCCAACUCGACGUCAGGAGCCUCGUCCGGCCAGCCUAUGGGACCUCCGGCGCCCCAGAACCCGCGGCCUCAGGGUCAGCUCAGGAUGGAGCGCGUUCACAGAGAGAGGGCCGACAAGGACGAGCCCUUCAAGCCGAGCGCCACGGGACACGGGGACGUACCCUCCAGACCCGACAGGACUUCGGCGGAGCAUACGCGCAGCCAGAGCAGUUAUUAUUUGCACACCGAGGCCCACGGGCCCUCACAGAGGCGUUGGUCCACCCCCGGUUUCCAAAGAUACCCCGUCAAGAGGGAGGAGGGAGGCCUAGCCACGCCGCCGGGCUCCUCUCGGCCCUCGUUCAUCCCUCAGGAGGUCAAACUAUCUAUCGAGGGGCGCUCCAACGCCGGGAAGUAGCAGCAGACACAGGACGCAGUGGCAAGAGGGGAGGAAAGUGUCAGAAACGUGUGGGAGAUGUGAGAAGAGAAAGAGAGAAUGUAGCCUAAGAAUGUUUUUUUGUUUUGUUUUGUUGAGAUUUUGCACGCAAAAGAUUUCACACACACACACACACACACACACACUGACUCUCACUCUCAUUAGAUACCCUUGUUUUUUAGGCAGACCGAGAGCACUCGGGAACGAGUUAGUGCCAGUUCGUAAUGAUGGCAUGACCGCAGACCAUCUGGAUUAACUGCUCCAGCUGGUCAAUGAUCUACCAAAGCCUUUUCACGCUCUGUAACUCACUUACAGAUGAAAUAUCAUUAGUUCCAGCGUUCACAGCUAACGUGUAUCGAAGGACGUGACCUGGGGGGGUGGGGGGAAACCCGGAUGCAGCCAUAGGAUGUUCAGAAUUAUGCCUGUUUUUCCUCCACGUAUAUAAAUAGAUAUAUAUAUAUAUAUAUAGAGAUAUAUAGAGAGAUUAAAUCUACCCUGUACUUGAUAGAUAGUUUGGACUACCUAAAGGAAAGGCUCUCUCUCUCUCUCUCUCUCUCUCUCUCUCUCUCUCUCUCUCUCUCUCUCUGUCUCUCUCUGUCUCUCUCUCUCUCUCUCUCUGUCUCUCUCUCACUCUCUCUCUCUGUGUCUCUCUCUCUCUCUCUCUCUCUCUCUGUCUCUCUCUGUGUUGUUACCGCUCUCGCUUUGACUUGACCUUUGUUUUGUAUUUUCGUUUUCGUUCUCACGUCAUCAACCCUUUCGUUUGUAGCUCGAGAACGAUCACUUCUUCCCGAAUCAAUCACAUGACCAAUCAGCAUUCAGAAAAACAUUAAAAACAAAAAACAAACAGCAUCUCGUUUACGUUUACACUCUCCGCAGUAUCACGCUCUACCUGUGCCACGUGUAUUGUUUGGUGAUUAUUUUUCCUCUAUGUUUGUAUUAAGGUAUCAAGGUUUUAUUUGAAUCAUUCCAGUGUAUUGAGACAGACAGCUCUCGUUAUCAGCCAAAAUCUUUAUUAUUUAAAAAGAAGAAGAAACGUGGUACAGGAUCUAGGUGAAAGGAAAAAAACAAAAAAGAAAGGAUGAUUGCUUUGAUGUGAAAUGACAAAUGAUGGGUUUUAAAGCAAUAGCAUGAUUCUAUUCAUCCUUAGUGUUAUUAUUAUAAUUAUUAUUAUUUUUUAAACUUCCUGUAAUGAUACAACAGUUUGCGUCAUGAAUCUUCCCUUCAUCUUUUUCCCCUCUUGUUUUUCCGUAGCAGUUCAAAAUGUUGUCAUUUCUUAUGACUCCUCAGAAGCGUGGGUUUCUACCAUUGACCUUUUUUAUUUUUUUGAAAUGAUACGCUCUCUUUAUCUUUCUCUGUCUUUUUUUUUUUCUUCCUCUCUCUCUCCUCUUCUUUCUUCUUCUCCUCGUAUUAUUUUCCCCUCCGGUUCUAAGAUCCGAGCACAUCUCUGUCUCUCUCUCUUCCGCAGGGUGUCUCGUCAGGUCCUCGUCUCCUCGUCGUGUCUUCUUUGCCCCUCCACCCCAAGCUACUUGAGAUUUUUGUACAAUGUAGGAUUCCUUCCUCUGCAAUAUUCCACCCGAAGACUCGCGUCAUCACACGUGGUUGAUCGGG